AUGAAGUUUACUACAGCAAUCGUCGCUUCCCUGGUGGGAACCAGCACCGCCUUGUUCGACAAGAACCAGCCCUGGGGUAAACGCGACUACGCCUGCGUAAACGUCUACCAAGGCAUUCCCGACAACUCAACCGUUUCCGCUGGCCAAACCGUGCGUGUCCGCUUCGACCGCAAGCCCACGGGACGUUGCCCAGACCCAUUGAGCCAGUACCCCGGCGACGACUACAGCGUUUGGCUGUACAAUAACCCCGUGCGAAAGCUAGAUACUAUCUCCUUCGACCAGACUAUCAAGAUUACGGAUGGUAUUAAGGAGAAGGCGGGAGUUGUUGAUAUCACUAUCCCGAAGAGCUUGCCCCAAGUCAAGGAUGGCUCGCUUUGGUAUUUGAGGGUUGGGACAUCUCUCUCGACGGCGCCACAGAUGCCCUCCUUGUUUAACGCUGCUGGGCCAUUUACGGUUAUUCGUGCAUAG